AUGGGCUGCAAUUUGUGCACUUUUCAGAAAAGAGAGGAACAUUACAAACUGCUGUACGAAGUUUCCCAGGUCAACGGGAAGGAUCUCUCAAAGUUCACCCAUGAGGAAGCAGUGGAGGCUUUUCGAAAUGCCAAGGAGCCCAUUGUGGUCCAGGUUCUAAGACGAACAUCUCUCAGUAAACCAGUGUAUAGCACAUCUCCAGAAGUGCAACUCAUGAAUGCUAGCACUCAGACUGACAUCACUUUUGAACACAUCAUGGUCCUGGCCAAAUUUAGGUCAUCUACCCCUCCUGUGCCAGACUUCUGUCCAUAUAUGCUCUCAGACAGUUGCCAUUCUCUUCAUCUGAUGGAGCAUGAAUUUUAUGAAAACAAUGAGUAUCUUUCCCGAUUACCUGCUGAUGUAGACAGAACAGAAGAUUUUGAAUAUGAGGAGAUAGAGUUAUGUCGUGUUAACAGUCAAGAGAAGCUGGGUCUAACAGUCUGUUACAGAACAGAUGAUGAAGAAGACACAAGCAUUUAUGUAAGCGAGGUAGAACCAAACAGCAUUGCUGCAAAAGAUGGCCGGAUUCAAGAAGGAGAUCGUAUUUUACAAAUAAAUGGGGAGGAUGUCCAGAACCGCGAAGCAGCAGUAGCACUGCUGUCUAGAGAUGAGAGCAAAAGAAUUGUGCUUCUUGUUUCAAGGCCAGAGAUUCAGCUGACUGAAAGCGGGUUGGAAGAUGAAAGGAAUGAAUUCUUAGAGGAGAUGAAUUUGGAUAUGUUAGAAGAACAACAUAAUGAAGCAUUGCAGUGUCCUGCUAAAGAGGUAGAGCAGCAAAAAGAAAAAGAAUGCAAAGAGGCCACAAUAGACACAGCAACAUUUUCACCUAACAACCAAGAGAAAGACAGUGGAACUAAACGUACAGAUGAACGCUUAAGAAAUGAUGAAAUUUCAGAAGAGAAAAAUGUAGCUAAGGAUCCCAAAAGCACACUCAACAGUGGAAAAGAGUUGGAACAGAGUCAAGACCCUCUAGAAAGUGUUGAACUUCAGUGUUCUGGUGAAUACUUAGAUUCAGAUUACUUUGGCCACCCUGAUGAGGACUAUGAAAGAAUCCAGCAGCUCCUGGAACUCAAAUGCAAGAUUCAAAAUUGUGAAGAGUAUGACUUUUAUUACUCAAGCAGAACAAUAAACUGUAAUCAAGGAAAAAAUGAAGGAGUAGAACCUGAGUUCCAAUUACUUAAUGACGAGGUAAGAAACAUUGAAUUUGAAUGUAAGAAUAUCAUGCAGGCUCACAGACUCCAGAAAGUCAGAGACAAGUGUGAAAAGAUCUGGACAUUUCAUGAUGGAGAGUUCCAAAAUUAUACCACCAGCCUGAACAUACAAGGCGGAGAACUAGAAGACAUUGUUGAACACCCAGAAAAAUCAGAUAAAGACAGUUCUAGUGCUUACAACACAGCUGAAAGCUGCAGAAGCACUCUACUUACUGUGGACCAUUCACCUGACAAUUCACUUCCAAGAAUGAUGAACAUCACUAAUAAGAAAAACCUGAGAGGCAAUAUUAUAGCCCAUCAUUCAUCUUCUGGUGAGAGCAGCAAUGAGUCAACUUUCACCAAAGGCAAAACUAUUGAACAUGGGUGCAAUAGUGAAAGCAAAAUUUUGGGAAUCAGCAAGCUUUCUGGUCAAGAGAAGAUGGCGAAUGAACAAAUCUCACCUUACCUCUCACCAUACCACAGUUCCUUAGAUAGAUAUGCAAACAGCCCAGCUCAUGCUAGGCAUUACCAAAGCUAUAUGCAGAAAUCUGUCAUUGAGUUCCCGCAGAGUCAGCUCAGUUUGAUGAGAAUUUGCAAGGAUUCUCAGAAAUGUUUAGAGCCCAAGAUGGAAUGGAAGGUGAAAAUUAGGAGCGAUGGGACGAGGUACAUAACCAAGAGACCAGUGCGAGAUAGAAUUCUGAAAGAACGUGCUUUAAAGAUCAAGGAAGAGCGGAGUGGAAUGACAACAGAUGAUGACACAAUCAGUGAAAUGAAAAUGGGACGCUACUGGAGCAAAGAAGAGAGAAAGCAACACUUGGUUUGUGCUAAGGAGCAGCGUAGGCGCAGAGAGUUCAUGAUGAGGAGUAGAUUAGAAUAUGUCAAGGAGACCCCUCAGAGUGGUAGUGAGGGCAAAAAGGAAAUCAACAUCAUUGAACUAAGUCACAAAAAGAUGAUGAAAAAAAGAAACAAAAAAAUUUUGGAUAAUUGGAUGACAAUACAAGAACUGAUGACCCAUGGGACCAAAUCUCCUGAUGGCACAGGUGUCCAUAAUGCAUUUCUGUCAGUUACUACUGUGUGA